CCCGAUUUUGACUACAUUGAGGCCGGGGAUGUUUGGAAUGGUUGGAAAGCCGGUGGGCAAUGGCGGCACAGACUUUGGGAUGGAAGGAAUUGUGGGCAUCUUUGGAAUGGCGCCGGCGCUAGAGAGCAGUGGCAGUCCUCCGCCGGAUGGCAGAGAUGGGAUGGUGGGCGAGGCGCCAGCGGCGUUGGGGAGUGGCGACAAUCCUCCUCAGGUUGGCAGAGAUGGGAUGGAGGGCAUCGGAGGCACUUCUGUGGGUUGUGGUAGUUGGAGGAGCUGUCGAGCCGCCAUUCCGUUUUCCACGCUGCAGAAUGAGACGGCGAGGAAGAGAGCAACGACAAAGAAGUUGGAAGAAGAAGCCAUGUUUCGUGUUGGAAUGUAGCUAUAGAUGGAGAUUUCUAGUUGUUUUGUUUGGGUUUGAGUGAUGGAGGAAAAGGUUUUAGAGGUGGGGGUUUAUAUAAGCCAGUGAAAUUAUUAGUAUGGUCCAGAAAAAGUAGUUCACUUAUCCUUUUACCCAUAGAAUUGUUGCAAUUUCAGGUGGGGUUGGUUAGGAAAAACAAUACACGUCCAAGUUUAGG